ACAAGUGUACCUUUGGGAAUAUUUUAGCCACGUUUACGAAGGUGUCGAAGUACCUGGGUGACAUUGUGUUAAUGGCACAGAAAUUGCUGACACGACCUGCCACGUGGACAAAAUUGCCUCGAACAUAGAAAAACGCCGCCUUCUCCUCCUCCCCCGUUUUACACCAGUUCACCAACUCCCAUACACAGGCGGCGUUCUGAAUCCUUUCGACGGCGGCGAUGGCGGCAGCGGCAGUGGCAGUGGCAGCGAAGCCAGUGAUGGUAAUCGGAGUCGACGACAGCGAAUGCGCAAUCGCCGCCCUGGAGUGGACACUGGACCAAUUCUUCUCUCAAACAGUCCGAUUACAUCCGUUCAAGCUCGUUGUCGUUCAUGUCAAACCGUCUCCCGAUGUCUUCGUCGGCGUCUCCGGACCAGGAAGAAUUGCAGGAUCGGUCGAAACCUACCAAGCUUUGGACGGUGAUUUGAAGAGGAAAGCUGCGAGAACUCUCAAAAUUGCCAGAGAAAUUUGUGCUGCAAAAUCGGUUUGUGAUGUCGAAUUUGAGGUUGAAGAAGGAGAUGCUAGGUAUGUACUGUGCGAGGCGGCGAAUAAGCAUCGGGCUUCGGUGCUCGUGGUAGGAAGCCGUGGCCAUGGAGCCAUCAAAAGGGCGUUAUUAGGGAGUGUGAGUGAUUAUUGCGCCCUUCGGGCUCCUUGCACGGUCAUGAUUGUGAAGAUCAACCACCCUACAAAAACAGGCUCUAAAUAACUCAAAAUCCACCUUGCUUCAACUUAUAUGUAUAUCAUUUUUGUAAAUAUUGUUUCUACCUUUUUACUUUUUGCUGGAUGAAUUACAAUAAGGUAUCUCACUCUCUUUUAAGUAGAUUCCAGUUUGUUUUUUUUUUUAAUCAACAGUGUGUGUAUAUUGUGUUUGUGUAAUGGAUAUAUAUCUUUGGCAUGUUUGU